ACCUGUUUUGUUUCAAAUUGAUAUUAAUCAAAAAAAGAACCUUUUCAAAUGUGUGCCGAUAUUUUAAGUUCCAGUCAAUUUUCAGAUGAAUUGAAAAAAUUGUUUUUAGUCGGUACAAUAUUUUAUUUUAAAAAUAUCGUUUUUAUUUCGACGGAAAACUAUUGGAUAGUGGAAUUUGCUCUGUCACAAGAGCGGUCUGUGGAUAUUCAUAAUAUUUUUGUGUCACCAAUUUCUUUUGAUUCUAAAUUGUUAAAAUUAGACUUGACUUCUUAUAACUGUAAUGCACUAGUUCCUGAAAAGUUAGAACAAUAUUACAAUGCUCUACUAUAUGAUUCAUCAUUGACAUUGACAAAUAAAAUGACAUGUUAUACAGGUCUCGGGCGUAGAGUUUAUAGAAGAAAUAUGAAUGAUCUUGCAUUAAGUGUAGUGUUCAAAGAUCUUGAUAUUUCCAAAGAAUUCAUUGGAACAACCAAACAUGUUCGAAUUUUGAGUUCAGCAAAACAUUAUCAAUCACGUUUUCCAGUACCUGCAAGCUUUUUAACGUAUCCAGAAGAAAUAGUUACUUAUGCGUAUCAGUAUUUGGUUGAUCUUAAUAAAGAAAAAGAGGAACAUAAUAUGGCUAUUAUGUACUACGAAUUAUUGAUCAAUACUCGACUUUUACUUACUUCACCUGAUGUAAGUCCUUUAUUUGAUUGUAUAUUUGGUUUUGUAUUUUCUACUUUGUUGUCUCGUUGUACACAAAGUCCAAAAGAGAUAGCUGAAAUCUUUAUUUCUGGUAAAAAAAAAGUUGAUAAUUAUUCUCGAUUGCAAAUAAAUACAAUCAUUAAUACAUUCUUUAAAGAACCUGGACGUAUAAUUUCAUCCAUUAGUUCAUGA